GUCCGAACCAAAAUGUCUGAAAUGUUUUUCAAAUUUGAUCAAAAAAUCGUCUGUCUUCGGCUUUUGUUUUAUGUUGUAUUGUUCCUGAUUAGUCCAUUGGAGGUGGGGGCAUUGAAAUGCAACUGCAACUACGGAGCUGUGAGUUGUAAGAACAAUAUCUGCACAACGGAUGAUGAAGGAAAAUGCUACUUUCGAAUUUACAGACUUAUGCAAAAGGAGGAAAGAGAAUUGGGGUGCCUGGAUAAAGCCGAUAUGGUACCGCAAGGAAAUCCAUUUCAAUGUCAUAGCAGCAUAGUAGCAGCCCAUAAGGAAGUUCGGAACUGUUGCAGUACAGAUUUCUGCAAUGGGAAACUUGAACCUCGGUUCACCCUGGCCCCCCCACCCCCAGGCUACAAAGAAAAAACUUUUCGAGAUGAUUAUUUAGGGGAAAAUUUUGUAAUCUCAAAGACCAUCUUAACCGUGCUGAUAGUCUGCACGUGCUCCAUCGUAGUGGCAGUCAUCGUGACAGUCUUCCUCAUCAAGCGCUGCAACUUUGAGUGUCUGAAAAAUUUAAAGAAGUUAGCUAGGAGGAAGCCGACGUCCUCUUUGGCUCUCUCUAACAAUAAUGGUUCUGCCAGUGGGGGUGGUGGGCAUAGGAAGGAACCUCUCCUCUCCGUCGCCAGUACCACUAACACCGAGUUGAAUAAUGACACAUCACUGUAUGCUGAGUCUGGGUCUGGGGCUGGCAUGCCGAUAUUCAACAGGAUGACAAUAGCCCGACAGAUCACCCUGGAGACUAUAGUGGGUACUGGGAAGUACGGGGAGGUGUGGAGGGGGCAUUGGAUGGGGGAAGAGGUUGCUGUAAAAAUUUUUCACUCCAGAGAGGAAAGGUCAUGGACAAGGGAAGCUGAGAUUUAUCAGAUCGUCAUGCUUAGGCAUGAUAACGUUCUGGGGUUUAUUGCUGCUGAUAAUAAAGACAUAGGCACAUGGACUCAGCUAUGGCUGGUAACUGAGUACCACCAUCAUGGUAGCCUGUUUGAUUAUCUUAAUGCACAUACUGUUGACUUGAAUGUGAUGCUGCAGAUGCUGUUUAGCAUUGCCAGUGGCGUUUCACACCUGCACACUGAAAUUAUUGGCACUAGAGGCAAACCGGGAAUAGCUCACAGGGAUUUGAAAUCUAAGAACAUUUUAGUUAAGAAAGAUUUAAGCUGCUGUGUGGCCGACCUCGGUCUGGCCGUGAAGCACGAGCCCGGCUCGAACUUGGUGGACAUUGGAGAUAACAACAGGGUCGGAACUAAAAGGUACAUGCCGCCAGAAAUACUAACGGAAUCAUUCGACCCGCACGACUUCAGCUCAUUCCAGAUGGCUGACGUGUACAGCAUAGCACUCGUCUUCUGGGAAAUUGUCAGGAGAUGCGAUGCACUGGGGCCCCCAGCGGAAUUUCAACUGCCCUACUACGACUGCGUGCCCUCCGAUCCCACCCACGAGGAAAUGGUCAAGGUCGUUGUCCUGGAAAAUAGGAGACCUGAGAUCGACUCUGAUUGGCUGAAAAAUGAGGCAUACAAGAACAUAUGUGAACUGAUGAAGACAUGCUGGCUAACUAUUCCAGGAAUCCGACCUACCGCUCUGAGGAUAAAAAAAUCCAUCAUCAAAUUCAACAAUCAAUUCAACAACAAUAAUAACAUCAGCAACAACAGUAACAACAAUACCAACAGCAGAAUCAACUUCAGCAACAGCAAUAGUAGCUACAACAAGUACAAUAUUAACAUUAACAACAACUACAAUUACAAAAGUAACAACACUAACAACAACAACAACGUAAAUCGGAGCUACGUUGCAGGCUCACUGGCGAGCAGUAGCAACAGUUGUAGUAGUAGGAUCAACAGUAAGAACGUCGUCAACUACAGCAACAAGAGCUUAAGUAACGGUAGUAGUAGUAUCAAUAGUAAUAAUAAUAAUGUUUGUAAUAAUAAGAAUAAUAAUAAUAGUAAUGCUGGUAGUGUUGCCAUUGCUAGCCUCUGUGAAAGCUAG